GCCAGAAGAGCACUAGGACACAAAUAAGGACACAUCCAUCCAUCCAACACAAAUUAGGCUAUACUAUUAUGAAUCAUGAAUAGUUUGAAUUUGAGGUUUGAAUGAAAGGAGCCCGACAUGGCGCACUCUUCUGCUAGAGGAGAGGUGAUUUAAGAGGCAGAAGAAGAACAGUGAGUGUUACUCUUACAGCUUUCAUGUCAGCAGUUUGCACGUUUGGCUUUAAGGCAUGAUUCCAACAUUAGCUCUUGAGAAGGACAGCUACCCAUGGGAUGUUGGGCGACAAGGUGUAACCUGCACCUGAAAGCGCCCUCCAGAGUGUCCGUGUUCUUCACCAUGAUCAUUCUGGUCACCUAUGUGUUCUACUGUCUGACCGGAUACUGCGAUUUAACCCUGAUUCCGCUGCACGAGCGCAGACCAACUUUACCCCAACUUCAUCAGGACCGGAACGCGUCCAAUCAGCGAGCCUUUCUAGCACGAGUCACUGCAGAAGAGACGAGACGUCUAUCCGGGGACAUUUCCAACCUUUCCGUGUCCGACAGCUUCGGGAGUAAAGAGUUUCCCCAGGCUGUCAUUAUCGGCGUGAAGAAGGGCGGCACGCGCGCGCUGCUCGAGUUCCUGCGCGUGCAUCCCGACGUCCGAGCUGUGGGCGCAGAGCCGCACUUCUUCGACAGGUUCUACGAUAAAGGACUCGAGUGGUACAGAAAUCUAAUGCCCCGUACUCUGGAGGGACAGAUCACAAUGGAGAAGACCCCCAGCUACUUUGUGACACGAGAAGCCCCUCAACGUAUCUUCCACAUGAACCGCAACACUAAACUGAUCGUUGUGGUGCGGGACCCGGUCACUCGGGCUGUCUCCGACUACACACAGACUCUCUCCAAAAACCCAGGGCUUCCCUCCUUCCAGAACCUGGUCUUCAAAAACUCCAGCAAGGGCCUGAUUGACACAUCAUGGAGUGCCGUGCGCAUUGGAAUCUACUCCAAGCACCUGGAGAACUGGCUCCGGUACUUUCCUCUCUCACGCUUACUGUUUGUGAGUGGGGAGAGACUUGUAACGGACCCAGCAAGCGAGAUGGAGCGAGUGCAGGAUUUUCUGGGCUUGAAGAGGCUAGUCACCAGCAAGCACUUCUACUUCAACCAGACUAAAGGCUUCCCAUGUUUAAAGAAGCCCGAGGGGAGCAGCAGGCCAAGGUGUCUUGGCAAAUCAAAAGGCAGAGCUCAUCCUCACAUACCGUCUGAUGUGUUGUACAAGCUCAGGGACUUUUACAGACCCUUCAAUCUGAAGUUUUAUCAGAUGACAGGCCAGGAUUUUGGCUGGGAAUGAACCCCUCAGUGGUUAAAGCUGAGUGGGCCUUUAAGCAAGGCCCUUAACUCACAUGCUUCAGGGGGUUGUACAAGAGCUGACUCUGAACCCUGAUUCCCAAAGAUCAGAAUGGACGAAAAGCCAACAAUUUUCCCUUGGGAAUGCUUAACGUAUAAAUAUAAAAGUGCUGGGUGUAGCAGACUGUUUCUUCUUGUUUGAUUCAGUGAUUAUAAUGUCAACACCAUGCCAAAAGCUAUUCGUUUUUUGAAUGUUUAUUAUGACUGUUAAGUUGUUAUUGCAGUAUGAGCAGUCAAAACGGUUGUACUUAGUACGCAGUUGACUUGGAUUAGACACAGGAGAUAAGGUGCAGCAGUCUGCUUGUUCUUUUACAUUAUUUUUUUUUGGAAAAAAAAGUUACAAAUCCAAUCACUCACUCCUGUUUUCAUUUCAGCGGUGAAGGCCUGAACCAUUUUCUCCCCAAAUCUUUAUUUAAAUUCUUCUUUAAAGACCGAAAUAUUAAUAUUAAAUAUUAAAUAUUAAAUAUUAAGGGUUAAUUUGUGUAGAAUCAUGACACAUAAUCACAGUUAAGUCCAUUUCAGUUCCAUGUUGUAACACUACUAAAUGUGGAAUAGUUCACGGGGGUGAAUACCGUAGGUCAGAACAUGUACCAUCUGUACUAUAUGUGUUAAUUUAACCUGAUCUCAUGGUUAUGAACUUACGAGGAGAUUAAAAAAGUUAAAAUUACGGAUGAGGCUGAGACUUGUCGUAGCUUUCCUUUGGUUUGAAAUCCAACAAAACUCGACUGCUCUGCCUUGCUACUAGCAACUAGUUGCCUCAUUUUUAGCGGUGCAGUACACGUUUUCAUUGUUUUCUUUUCUUUCUUUCUUUUUUUCUAAACCAAGUAGUCUAAAAACCAGUUGUUGGUUGUUUUAUUUUUAAACCAACCUAUUCACACUAACUGGAGAACUGCUCUAAAGCCAGUCUCUUUAAAUGGACUUCUGUAAUGACCUUGAUGCUUUGAGAGUUGUGUUCAUUUCACUAAUGCACAUGGGUUUUUUUUUUUUUCUACAGGCUUUUGCUUUUUUAUUUUACUGUCAGAUAAGAAGUGGACAAAGCCAUUUUGCUGCUAUUCAAGGCUUAAUAUUUGUUGAUGUUUUAUUAAUUUAAUGCCCCCUUUUUAAUAUCUCUUAAGCACUCAACCAUGUUCUAGUUUUUAUUGCAUUAAAUAUUCCAUUUGUUACCAUUAAUACAUCUCGAUAAGUGAUUCUGUAGUCUUCCCCUAAUUAGUAUGCAAAUGUAAAAGCAGUUAUGCAGUAUGAAGAAGUAUUGAGUCAUAAUGCAAAAAUAUGUCAGAUGAAUGAUUUUUUUAUGACGAUCUUUUAAAAGAGCAAUAAAUACAAUGUUUGCAUUUUUAUCAAAACAUCAGGAGCGAUUAGUAAUUUUUAAAAAUGAAAUUUAUUCCUUAUCCUUGUAGCACAUUUUAUUCCCAUAGGCACAUCCUUCAUAAAAUUCUUUUAGGAGUGAAUGGGAAUGCUUCAUAUUAUUUGUUUCAGAUAUUAAUAAGAAAUUAACUAUAAAACAGGUACUAUUAUCUCUUCAUUUUUAUAAAACGGACUGUCAGAAUACAAUUUAAGCUUGUUUUAUGGACUUUUGUUAUUUAUAUGAUAUUUCCAACGUACAAUUGCUCCUGUGUGCAAUUAAGCCGAUUUUCUUCUGAUUUUAUUUCAACAUUUACAUUGACUAUUGAUAAAAAUGUUCUCUAAUUUAAUUUAUGCUAUAUAUGAUGCAAGAUGCCAACAGAUUUUGUUCUAAUAAACAUACCUGUCAUUUAAGUUAUU